AUGGCCAGGGACAGAGGUUUGGAGCAGCUGACGCGGCGUAACGCUGUGAAGCUUGUGACUGCGGCGUCCUGCUCUGUGGAGGAGGCGAUACUCUCUGUGGGGAAAGAAGUGGGAUACGUCCACAUCAAGUCUGCUUCACGGAUGAACGGAGCGGUCGUGGUCUUUCUGUCCAGCACUGAGAAGGUGGCGGAGGCCGUGGAGAAGGGAGCCACCAUCCAGGGCCUGUUCACCUCUGUCCUGCCGCUGGUGAGUCCCGCCAGGCGGGUCAUCGUCUCCAACGCUCCUCCGUUUAUCAAGAACGAGACUCUAGCUGCAGAACUGUCCCGGUUCGGACAGCUGGUGACACCGAUUAAAAUGAUGUCACUGGGCUGUAAGUCACCGCUGCUCAGACACGUAGUGUGCCAUCGCAGACAGGUGCUCAUGGUGCUGAAGGAUAACUCCGAAUUAAACCUGUCCUUCACUUUUAAAGUUGAUGGAUUCAGUUAUGUGAUUUUUGCAUCAUCUGAGAACAUGAAAUGUUUUGGCUGCGGCGCAGAGGGUCACCUGAUCAGAGCGUGCCCAGAACGAAUGGAUCAGAAUGUGCCGCGUAAUGACGCACAGACACCGAGCACCUCUGCAGCCUCCGCUGAGACCAGCGCGGAGGCAGCGGAGCCAUCGGGGGACGCGCCCCCGGCCCCAACGCCUCCCCCCGCGGACAGCGCUGCUGAGGACCCCCCUGACGACCCAGACAGCGGGUCCGGGUCUGCAGAGCCCGCGGUGGACCCCGCGGUGGAGCUCGCUGCGGGGCCCGCGGCUGCGGGGCCCGCGGUGGAGGCCCCCACUGCUGUCAAUGACCCUGACAGCACUCCUCCUCCCCCCGAGGAGCAGGUGUGUGACAUGAGUCAGGAGCUGAGCAGUGUGGGAGACAGUGACUCUGAGUUUUUAGAUGAGGAGAUGUCAGAUGGGGAGCAGUGUCUCUAUCCUCAGAAGAGAAAGGGAGGCAGUUCUCAGAGCACAGAGAAACCGUUUAAAGUCACACGCAGUUUGAGUAAAGGUGUUAAGUCAUGUUCAGCUGCAGACAUAAGAAAGUUUUUGAGAGACACUAAAGGGAUGAGGAGUGUAAAGGUAGAAAACUAUUUUCCUAACCUGAAGCUUUUCUCUGAGACGGCCCGGCCCCUGGUGUGGAGCUCCAGCUCUCAGGACGAGGACGCUCUCACAGACCAGGAGAGAUUCAGGCUUAAGAAACUCCUGAGCAAAGUCAGGGCCCAAGUGGCCAGUGAGGGUCCUAACUGA